CGGCUCCCGAUAUAUAAAGGCUUCGUUCUUCCCUCUUCUAACCAUUUCCACUCUCCACCUCCAUUUUUAAUUUUUUUUGUUUUUUGGAUUUGGAUUUGGAUUUUUGGAAUAAGAACAAAAAUAAAAUAAAAUUUAUAUAAUAAGAAUCCUCUCUUCUUGAUUCUGAGUUCCAGUUCUUCUUGAUUCCGAGUUCCAGUUCUGGUUCGGAGAUUUGUGUGUAAUCCAUGGCUGCUGACGUCACAUCUGUAGUUCGGAUUCUGGGCGGUUACAAGGACGACCCCGCGGUUGGGAGCGAGUCCGGGAAUUCCACGGUCCUGAUCACUCGGGACCUUCUCGGCGGCGGUGGUGGUGGUUUGUCGUCGAAGCUUGAUUCUCAGGAGCUCGACCUCGAUUUGAAGGUGCCUGAUGGCUGGGAGAAGCGGCUUGAUUUGAAGUCAGGGAAAGUCUAUCUCCAGAGAUGCAAUUCUCCGAUGUCAUCCUCUUCAUCAUCACAAAACAAGCAUCAUCCAACCAAUGAAACAGUGCCAACCCUUCAAGAUUUGAACUUCCCUCCAAACCCUAAACCCACCCUAAACCUCUUUGAGGACACUAAUUUAGACCUCAAGCUCGUGCCAUCGUCCUUCAAUUACCCGAGCGUGUGCACUUUGGACAAAGUAAAAUCAGCUUUGGAGAGAGCUGAACGCUCGACGAUCAAAAAACGAUCAUCCUCCAUGUCCAAAUCAUCGUCGUCGCCAUCACAUUCAUCAUCAUCGAUCAAACAACCCCUAGAGGACGAUGCGGUCAAUGAUGGCAAACCCUUGAUGUCCCCGGCCAGCCUAUACUUCACCGCUGGAUGCCCCGGUUGCCUCCUCUACGUGCUAAUAUCGAAGAACAACCCUAAAUGUCCUAGAUGCAAUUCAGUCGUUCCAACACCAGCGACCACCAAGAAGCCUAGAAUCGAUCUAAAUAUAUCGAUAUGAAAAUUUGAUUUAUGCUCGAAUUUAAGGGUUUUUCGUUUUGUAAAUGAUAGAAGAAGAUUAGGGUUUUAAGGAUAGAUUUAGACUUAUUAGUAAAAGGAGAGGCACAGAUGAUACAUGUGGAAGGGUUAAUGGAACUUUUGCUGGUAUGGUAUGAUAUGGUUGGCAUAAGUUUUCUUGCC